UUCUUAUCCCAAUUUUGGAAAGAAUUACAAACGGCUAUGGGAACAAAAUUGAAGUUAAGUACUGCUUUCCAUCCAACCACGGACGGACAGACCGAAAGAACAAUCCAAACAUUAGAAGACAUGUUGAGGGCAUGUGUUCUUGAUUUGCAAGGAUCAUGGGAUGAACACCUAGACUUGGUAGAGUUUUCGUACAAUAACAGUUACCAUGCUAGCAUCGGAAUGGCCCCAUACGAAGCUCUAUAUGGUCAAAAGUGUAGGAGUCCCUUAUGUUGGGGUGACAUGGUCGAUCAGGUGGUUCUAGGACCACAAUACUUGCAAGAUACUAUUGAGAAAAUCAAAGUUAUCCAAGAAAGGAUGAAGGCUGCCCAAGACCGACAGAAAUCAUAUGCUGAUCUUGGGAGGAAACCAACUGAAUUCGAACUAGGGGAAAAAGUUCUACUCAAAGUCUCUCCUACAAGAGGUGUAAUGAGGUUCGGGAAGAAAGGGAAACUAAGCCCGAGAUUCAUCGGACCCUAUGACAUCCUAGAGAAGGUGGGAAAAGUGGCAUAUCGAUUAGCUCUACCCACGGAGUUGGAUAAGGUACAUAACGUCUUUCACGUAUCACAAUUAAAGAAGUAUGUUCGAGAUGAGUCACAUAUCAUCAAUCCGGAGGUGAUUGAAAUGGAUGAGACAUUAUCCUACGAAGAAAAACCCAUAGAGAUUCUCGAUACUAAGACCCGAGAGACAAGGAAGAAGACAGUUAAGAUGAUAAAAGUACUUUGGUCAAACCAUUUGACCGAGAAUGCAACAUGGGAGACAGAAGAGGAUAUGCGUAAACGGUAUCCUGAACUUUUCAAUUAAGGUAAAUAUUCGGUUACGAGGACGUAACCUUUCUUUUAGGGGGACAGGUUGUCAUAUCUUAUAAACCUAUAAUAAUUCAUCUUCAUACUUAAUUCGCGUCUUAGUUUAUGCUUCGAGGACGAAGCAUUCUUUAAGGAGGGUAGAAUGUGAUACCUUGAAAAUUUGAAAUAAAAAUAAAUAAAUAAAUCAGAUAAGUUAUAUCUGAUAAAUCAAAUGAAAGUAAGAUCAAAAUAUUUUUUUUUUAUACUUGGUGUAUAAAAAUAUACGCACACUACAUGCAAUGAAAAUUAAACACUUAUGUGGCAUCGGAAAAAAAUAAAAUAAAAUAAAUAAAAAUAAAAAUAAAUCAGAUAAAAUAUAUCUGACAAGGUAAAUAAAAAUAAAUAUCAAAGUAUUAUAAGUGACAUUUUGUAACAUGUAAUAAUAUACAUAUACACAUAAAAUGUAACUUGUGGAUGACAAUCAUACACAUAGGUGUUCACAAUAAUACAAAUAGAGGUAAUAAUAUAUGCAAUGAACUUGCGGACUAGACUUAGAAUGCAUUAGAACAACCAACAUUUACACAUGCAUGUUCAUAAUACUAUGUAUAAUAAUAUUGAAUAAUAAUGAAGAAAUAAUUCAAACCAAUCACUCCAUGUAUGAUUCAGCCUAGAAUGAUCGAUCUACAGCUAUAAAUACAGCUUCCUUCCCAUUCUAAAUCACCACAAAGUGAAGAAAACGAGUAGAGAAUAUAUAUAUAUAUACUUACUCGCCGGAAAAAUACACAUAUAUAAAUUUACGUAAGAAAUUGCCUAUAAACAAGAGAGGAGGGUCGUGAGAGGUCUAGGAAUAUUUCCCAAUAAAUUCCAGACCGAUUCGUAGUCACCGGAGCAUCCUAGAGGUCGCCGGAGUUGCAAGCCAAGGAAAUGGGUCUUCAGCAAGUGCGGAAAUUUGGCCGUAGAUAGGGGUGGCGGAGCUUCUCCUCGACGUCAGGAUCAUUUUGCAACUUGAAUCGUUUAAAUCCGUUACCUGUAAGUAAAGUUAUCGCUCGCCGAAGUUUUCGGGAUUCCGGUCGCCGGAAUCGCGACCUGGAGAAGCUGGGAAGGAGACAACCCAGUCUUCUUGGGCCGGGUCGCGAAUUUGGGCCGGUUCGGCCCAUUUUCAAUAAAAAAAAUUAAAAAUAAAAUAGUAAAUGAAAUAAAUAAAAUCUGGAAAAAUAUAAAUUAAAUACCUGGUAUAAAAAUACAUAUUCGGACCAAGAAUAAUUGAAAAAUAAUAUUUGUAGCUAUUUUUAAUUGAUUUAAUUGUAAUUGGGCCAAGUUGUACACAUUUAGUAAAUAAUUAACUAAAUGACGAAAAUAAUUAUGAAAUAAAUAUGGGUGCAAGCUAGAUUAAAUAUAUGACUAAAUAGGACAUUUGGGACCAUUUAUAAUUAAUAAAAAUUAUAAUUAGCAUAUUUAAUUGUAAUUAAACCGGUUAAUAGAUAUAUGAAAUUAAGUGAAUAAAUAAAGGAAAUAAUUCUAAAAUAAAUAUCUGGACAACCUAGGUCUAGUAUAGACCCAAACUAUAGUUAUGGAUGAUUAGUAAUUUAUAAAAGUGAUGAUUAAGUUAUUUAAUUUAAUUAAGCCAUAUAAACUAGUUAAGUAAUUAAAUAAGGAAAUUUUGAUAUUAAUGGUGAAAUAAAUAAAUCACUAAGAUUGAAAAUAAUGUUCUGGACUAAAAAUGAUGUUUGUAAUAAAAUAAGGAAAAGAAAAUAAAGUUGGGUUAUCUA